AAUCGGGACAGACAAACAUCACUAAAAUGUGUUCCACGAAGAAAAUAAAAUAUUACAACAAAAUCUAUCACUUACCCACUAAGAAUAAUCUCUUGAACAAAAAACACAAAUCCUAAUCCUGAAAUAUUAUAUUAACUAUGACGUGCCUUGUAAAAAAGCAAAGGGUAUAAUGGUGAUAUCUUACUCACAAAAUAAUUCAAAACUUCCGAAUUUUUCUCCCAACUUAUUGACCCAUUUUUCCACUAUAAACAGAAACUGAGUAGCAAGAACACAAACACAUCUGCAAAAAGUGAAAAUAUCUGCAAGAAAAUGGAAGGCAAACAAGAGCAGAUCAAAGGAGAAGUAGAGUUAUGUGAAGCUCAAGCAGAUUUGUUCAAACACAUAUUCAGUUUUGUAAGAUCUAUGUGCCUCAAAAGUGCCAUCCAGAUUGGCAUACCAGACACAAUCUUCAACCAUGGCAGACCCAUAACUCUUCCUCAGUUAGUCUCAGCCCUAAAAAUCAACCCUUCAAGGUCCAGCCAUGUCCACAGGCUCAUGCGCUUACUGGUUCACUCUGGAAUCUUCACUUCAACCAAAGUCCCCAAAGAAGAUGAUAAUGAUGAAGAAGAAGAACAGGGUUAUGAGCUCACACCUUGUUCUAGGCUGCUUCUUAAAGAUAAGAUUCCCUCCAUGUUUGCUUAUGCUCAAGCAGUGUUUCAUCCUGCAGUGAUGAGCCCGGGUCAGUUCUUGGGAGAUUGGCUUUAUAAAGAAGAAGACAAUACAGCUUUCCAAAGUGCCUUCGGGAUGGAAUUUUGGAGAUAUGGAAGUAAGAAUCCUGAAUUUAGCAGAGUGUUCAAUGAAGGCAUGAUUAGUGAUUCUGGGACGAUGAUGAACUUUGUGAUGAAGAAGUUCAAGUCAGUGUUUUGGGGUCUGAAGUCUUUGGUCGAUGUUGGAGGAGGAAAAGGUGGAGCAGCCAUGGCCAUUUGUGAGGAAUUGCCAGAUUUGAAGUGCACAGUGAUGGAUCUUCCUCAUGUUGUUGCAGAAAUGAAGGAUAGUGACAAUCUAAAGUUCGUAGGAGGUGAUAUGUUUCAGUGUAUUCCUUCUGCAGAUGCCAUUUUUCUUAAGCUGGUUUUGCACACAUUAAGUGAUGAAGAGUGCGGGAAGGUAUUGAAGAAAUGCAGAGAAGCCAUUUCAAGCAAAGGGAAAGUAAUAAUAAUAGACAUAGUCAUCAAUGAAGAGAAAGAUAAGCAGGAAAUCACAGAAGCCCAACUUUAUUUUGAUGUGAUGAUGAUGUGUUUGGUGAAUGGAGAAGAAAGGGAUGAACAACAAUGGAAGAAGCUCUUCUUAGAAGCUGGAUUUAGUCACUACAAGAUUUCAGCUUUAUUUGGUUUAAGGUCUCUCAUUGAAGUUUAUCCUUGAACCAAGUUAACUCUCGUGUUAAUUAUAUGGAAUUAAAAGAAACAACCAUUAUGUUCGAAAUAUAAUUUAGUGUAAACUUUAUAU